UCUGUUUCUGUUUCUGGUUCUGCCUCUGCCUCCGCUUUUGCUUUUGGCUCUGCCUGCGAUGUUAUCUAAGCGCAGAGCUCGCCGCGCUGCGCUUCUUAUCAGUGCUUUAUCAGUUUUGUUUCGAAUAAUUCCGAGGCGAGCGAAGGAAGUCGACCGCAGCAGAGAGCCUCGGUCUCGGGGUCUCCGGGCCGCGAUAUCUUAUUUCAGUUGGCGGCAGCGGCGGCGGCGGCGGAGCGACGAGAGAGAGAUACGAAUCCAAAACCGAAUCCCAAACCGAAUCCGAAUCCCAAUUCGAGUGCGAGUACGAGUACGAGUUCCAGCCAAGAGGCAAAGAUAAACAACUUGCCCGGCAUCCCGGCAUCAACAAACAUCAGCUGUGCUGCGUCGUCAUCGCAUCGCAUCGCCGCUCGGUUCGCUCGGUAUCCGUAUCGGUUGUAUCUGUAUCUCUCAGCGCGCACGAAUUUCAUUACUCACCGCCCCAGCCGGUCGCUCCGAGUCUCAGUUUGCCGUGGAACGCGGAGCAGGCAGCAAGCACGAGCGGUACGCGGUACUCAGUUCUCGAUACCCGAUACCCGACACCCGAUACCCGAUACCCGACUCCCAGCGGUUCGAGGGAAACAUUCGAAAGCGAUUCGCCGCUGAACGUUCGUCAGCGAAAAUUUGAAUAAUUGCAGCAAAGUGAUUCAAAGUGAGUCAAAGUGAGUUCCCACGUGCAGUGACAACAUAAUUGCGCCGAAGUCUGGCCAAAACUGAAGAGCCAAAACAUGUGCGAGUGAGAAGGUGAAGAGCCCAACUAAGCCCGGAUUACCACAAGUGGAUUACCAUAUACGAACCAGAGAACAAUGCUCAGCAGCAAUUCCAGAGGUGAUUGUUCCGAUACCACAGAAGAGAUGACCGUCGACAGCAGAGAUUCCAAAGAUUUGACCGCCCAGGAAAUGGGCGAGGACAAGCAGCAGCUGCUGGAGGACCAGCUGGAGGACCAGUUGGAGGACUCGCGGGAGCAGCAGGAAAACACCAACAAUAUCAACAACAACAACAAUAACAACGAUGAUGAUGAUGGCGGAGAUGAGGAUGCGGCCUUCGAUCAGCCAGAAGAGACUAAUCCCGAGCGGGAUCAGGAUUUGGGGGAGACGGAGAUGGACUCGAACCAGGAUCCCCGGCAGGAGGAGCCCGACGAGAGCCCCAGCACUCCGCCGCGGAGUCCCUGCUCCCCGCAGCUGAUCCCCAAGCUGGAGCAGCCCUCCACUCCGCCCUCGGAGGCGGAGCCCUCGCCGUGCCCCUCGCCCAAGUUCCCCAAGCUGCGGCUCAACGCGCUCCUCGCCUCGGACCCCGCCCUCAAGCCGGACGCCAAGGAGCUCACCCUGCCGGACUCCCGCCUGCUGGCUCCUCCGCCUCUGGUCAAGCCGGAGCCCCCAGCCCCGUCCCAAUCCCAAUCGCAGUCGCAGCCGCAACAGCAGCCGGAGGUGGUGGAGCCCCUGCUGAAGCCGGCCAGGUUCAUGUGCCUGCCUUGCGGCAUCGCCUUCAGCUCGCCCUCGACGCUGGAGGCCCACCAGGCGUACUACUGCUCCCACAGGAUCAAGGACACGGACGAGGCCGGCAGCGACAAGUCGGGCGCGGGCGGGUCCGGGGCCUCCGCCGGCGAGGGAGCGGGCUCCUCGGGCGGAUCCGCCGAGCCGCCGGCCAAGAUGGCCAGGACCGGGAAGCAGUACGGCUGCUCGCAGUGCUCCUACAGCGCGGACAAGAAGGUGUCCCUCAACCGGCACAUGCGGAUGCACCAGACCUCGCCGGCGGCUCCCACUCUGGCCAGUCUGCCCAGCAUGCCCAAUCUGCCCAGCCUGCCCAAUCUACCUGGUCUGCUCCAGAACGGGAUGACGCCGCCGCAGCUGGGAGUGGGAGUGGCGGCCAGCCAGCUGGAGGACAGCCCUAGUCAACAGACGGACCGCUACUGCAGCCACUGUGAUAUCAGGUUCAACAACAUCAAGACCUACCGGGCGCACAAGCAGCACUACUGCAGCUCCAGGCGGCCGGAGGGCCAGCUGACCCCCAAGCCGGACGCCUCGCCGGGAGCGGUGGUGGGAUCGGGGGCCGCAGGAGGAGCCACCACCCCGGCGGCUGCUCCAGGAAAGCUGAGCCCGCAGGCCAGGAACAAGACGCCCACUCCCGCGAUGGUGGCUGCUGCUGCUGCCGCGGCGGCGGCCGCCUCCCUCCAGGCCUCCUCCCACUCGCACCCGCCCUUCCUGGCCCUGCCCACCCACCCGAUCAUCAUCGUGCCCUGCUCGCUCAUCCGGGCGGCCAGCUUCAUCCCGGGUCCCCUCCCCACUCCGAACUCGGGCAUCGUGAACCCGGACACCACCUGCUUCACCGUGGACAACGGCACCAUCAAGCCCCUGGCCACCGCGCUCAUUGGAGCCUCCUUGGAGCCGGAGCGCCCCUCGGCGCCUUCAUCCGCCGCGGAGGCCACGGAACCCAAGAGCAGUCCGCCGGAACCCAAAAGGAAGGAGGCGGGCAGCAGUCGGGAAUCUGCGCCUCUGGAUCUCUCGCUGCGGCGGUCGCCCAUUCCGCUGAGCUCCCUCAGCCUGAGGCAGCGCCAACUGCGCAGUGCCCUCCUGGACGUGGAGGAGGUGCUCCUGGGAGCCGGCAAGGAGAACGUGGAGACCCCGCGCAGGGGACGCAGCGUGACCCCCGAGCAGAUCGUGUGCGCCCCCUCCCUGCCGAGCAGUCCCUCCAUGAGUCCCUCGCCCAAGCGGCGGGCCAUCAGCCCGCGGAGCUCCGGGGCAGGGAGCGCCUCCUCGAUGUCGCCGCCGGGCCUCAACGUGGCCGUGCCCCACCUGCUGGACAUGCGCUCCAUGCUGCCCGCGGACUUCGGCCUCUCGGAGUCGCUGCUGGCCAAGACCAAUCCGGAGCUGGCGCUCAAGCUGGCGGCCGCAGCUGCAGCAGCGGUGGCGAGCGGCGGCGGGGCGGCAGCCUUUCCGGCGGCUCCCCUUCCCGCCCAGACCGGCGGCGGCAACCCGGGCGGCGGCGGCGGAGCAUCCGGUGGCCCCCAGCAGCCGCAGAUCUACGUGAAGCAGGGCGUGUCCAAGUGCAAGGAGUGCAACAUCGUGUUCUGCAAGUACGAGAACUACCUGGCUCACAAGCAGCACUACUGCGCGGCCAGGAACCAGGAGGGAUCCGGGUCCGGCGAGGGGGAGGCCAAGUCGGCCGUUUCCCCCUCGAAUCCCGGCGCAGGGGGAUCGGCGGGAGGAGGAGCGGGAGGAGAAGCUGCCGCUUCCGGGGUGGAGACCACCCCGGUGGCCUACCAGCAGCUCAUCUGCGCCGCCUGCGGCAUCAAGUACACCUCGCUGGACAACCUGCGGGCGCACCAGAACUACUACUGCCCCAAGGGAGGAGCGGCCGCUGCGCCCGCGGUGGCGCCCCCCGAUCCCGGACAGCUGGCGCUGGCCAAGGAGAAGUGCGGCAAGUGCAAGGGCCUGCACGAGAUCGGGCUGCCCUGUCCGGCGCCCGCGCCACCAGCCCCCGCCUCCAACUCGAACUCGAACUCCGGCGCGCAGCCCGCCUCGAACAGCCUGAACAAGUGCCCCGUGUGCGCCGUGGUGAGUCCCACGGCGGCGCUGGCCAAGAAGCACAUGGAGAUGCACGGCACCGUGAAGGCGUACCGCUGCAGCAUCUGCCAGUACAAGGGCAACACGCUGCGCGGCAUGCGCACCCACAUCCGGACGCACUUCGACAAGAAGACCAGCGACGUGAACGAGGAGCACUACAUGACCUGCAUCUUCGAGGAGGAGGGCUCCGCCGCGUCCCAGGAGCUGCCUCCCCUGGCGGCAGCAGGAGUGGCUGCAGCGGCGGGCCACGAUGCCAUGGAGCACCCCUCGCAGAUGUUCAACUGCGACUACUGCAACUACGCCUCCAGCUACAAGGGCAAUGUGCUGCGACACAUGAAGCUGAUGCACCCGCACGUGGCCCUCAACUCGCCCUCCAUCUCCCCCGACGCCAGGGAUCAGGAGGUAACCUCGAAUCCCACCUCGAACCUGCUCUCCAACUCCGAUGGCUCCAACGGGGAGGCGACCAGCUUCCACAUCAAGUCGGAGCCCCUCGAUCCUCCGCCGACGAGCCUGAGCCUGAGCCUGGUGCACGAGAACAACAACUCGCCGGUGACCACGCCGCACAUCAAGGACGAGCCCAUGGACGUCCUAGCAGAGGCUUCCCCCGGCGGACUGGUGCCGCCGAUGGCCUCUCCGCUGAGCAACAGCAGCGUGGCCGCCGCAGCCGCCGUCGCCGCCGCCGAGGUGAUGAAGAAGUACUGCUCCGCCUGCGACAUCUCCUUCAACUACGUGAAGACCUACCUGGCGCACAAGCAGUUCUACUGCAAGAACAAGCCGGUCCGCCCGGAGGCGAGCGACAGCCCCAGCCCGAACCUGAUGGGCGGGGCCGGGGGCGUGGGCAUCGGCGGGAUAGUGGGCGGCAUGGUGGGCGGCCACGGGCAGCAGAAGAACAAGGAGAACCUGCAGGAGGCGGCCAUUUGAGAGCGCCAGCUGCGGUGGGAGGCGCAGCGCAGGCAGCUGGAGUGGUACUACACCUGCUUCUGAGCAGGGAACCUUCUCGAAUCGCAAGCACAGCAACCCUCAAUCAACGACAGUAUUCCCGGAGAAUCUCCCUGUCGCUGCCCUCCACUUCCACUUCCACUCCCGCUCCAGGUUCCAAUCGCCACUGGGGGAGCGACUCCUUCGACCGACUCCUUCCGAUCGAUAGCAGUAGGCACACACAUACUGUUCCGUACACGCAUAUAUAGCUUACCUAUACAUACAGAUAACAGAUAUAGACAUAUAGAUUACCUAAACGUAGACGCGUACCCAUGCAGUGGGAACCAUGACAUAUAAUGCAUGCCAAAGCUUACCACUUAGACAGAAACUAAUCGAGUGCAAGAAACUACAAGUUUUCAACGGAUUGCGCGGACGGAGAAGACGGAGUGUUCCAAUCCAAUAGAUCCAAUAUUAUUGUGUAAUUGGCUCGCUGUUCCACGCAGAAGAGCGAGAGAUCCAAACUGUGUAAUUUAACUGAGUACAUUAUUUAUUAAGUGUGUGCGACAAUAAAACUAAUUAAUUUAUUCAACAAUAA